GUUUGACUUGUAGCUACUUUCACUUUCUUUUAUAGCUGCUACAAGCAGAGGAGACUUGAGGAAGCAGAGGGGACUUGAGGAAGCAGAUGAAAACUGUGCUCUCUGAGGAGAAUCCUAGCUGCUGCAUCUAAAGGACACGGACAGUCAACAUGGAACAUCAGUGUGGUCUAAUCACUGGUGACAAGGAGCCAGUACCACUGAAGAGCAUCUCAGUAACCUUGUCCAUUGAUGACUUUGUGGCUGGUGUGUCUGCAACCUUAAAUUAUGAAAAUAAAGAAGAAAUCCCAGUAGAGGCAAUCUUUGUGUUCCCUUUGGAUGAAGACUCUGCUGUCUACAGCUUUGAAGCCUUGGUGGAUGGGAAGAAAAUUGUGGCGGAACUGCAGGAGAAGACACAGGCCCAGAGCAAGUAUGAGGGUGCCAUCUCCCAGGGCCACCAAGCUUACUUAUUGGAAGGGGAUGACUACUCCAGAGAUGUCUUUUCUUGCAAUAUUGGGAACCUUCUACCUGGGGCUAAGGUGGGAGUUACACUGAGGUAUGUCCAGGAACUACCUCUGGAUACAGAUGGUGCCUUGCGCUAUGUCCUCCCAGCCAUUUUGAAUCCAAGAUACCAACUCUCUGAACAGUCAGUCAACAGUUCUUUGAAUAUGAAGACGCCCAUAGUCCCUUUGGAGGCCCUGCCCUACACACUCAGCAUGGUUGCCACCAUCACUUCCCAGCAUGGCAUUGAGAGGGUCCAAUCCAACUGCUCCUUGAGUCCUAUUCAGUACCUUGCUGAAGACAAGACUUCUGUUCAGGUUUCCUUGGCUGAAGGACACAAGUUUGACCGGGAUGUGGAACUCCUGAUUUACUACAGUGAAGUGCACAGCCCCAGUGUAGCUGUGGAGAUGGGGAUGCAGGACAUGAAGCCAGAUAGUUUGAUGGGUUCUCCUUCUGCAAUGGUGAGUUUCUAUCCAGAUCUCCCAGAAGUGGAGGGUUCAAGGGCCUGUGGAGAAUUUGUAUUCCUCAUGGACCGCUCUGGAAGUAUGGGAUCCCGCUUGAGCCACCACAAUGAUUCUCAGCUACGCAUAGAGGCUGCCAAGGAAACUCUGUUGCUGUUGCUGAAGAGUUUACCUAUGGGUUGUUAUUUCAACAUCUAUGGAUUUGGAUCUUCUUAUGAAAAAUUCUUUCCGGAGAGUGUGCUGUACACUCAGGAAACAAUGGAAGAGGCAGUGAAAAGAGUGAAGGAUCUGAAAGCUGACCUAGGGGGCACUGAAAUCUUGACACCACUCCUCAACAUUUACAAGGGACCCUCCAUUCCUGGCCAUCCCUUACAGCUCUUUGUCUUCACAGAUGGAGAAGUUGAUGACACAUUUAGUGUUAUUAAAGAAGUUAAGUUAAACAGCAAGAAGCACAGAUGUUUCUCAUUUGGUAUUGGAGAAGGAGCCUCCACCAGUUUAAUCAAAGGCAUUGCCCGGGUAUCCGGGGGCACUGCAGAGUUUAUCACAGGCAAGGGCAGGAUGCAGACCAAGGCUCUUGGGUCUCUGAAGUUUGCUCUAAACUGUUCAGUGGAAGACAUUUCUGUGAGCUGGGAAUUGCCUCCUGGGCUGUCAGCUAGCAUGCUUUCUUCAGAGCAGACUGUCAUCUUUAGGGGUCAGAGAUUAAUCAUCUAUGCCCAACUCACUGGGACUAUGCCUCAAGUGGAGAGCUCAGGAAAAGUGUGCUUCAAGUAUACCCUCAAAGGCAAGAGUCUUGAAAACAGGGUGACAUUUUCCCUACAACCCAAGACAAAUGCCAGCUUCACCAUUCAUCGGUUGGCUGCAAAGUCCUUGAUUCAAAUGAAGGACUUGGGCUCCCAUGAGACAUCAGAUGGAGAAAAGGAGGAUGUGUUGAACAUCAGCAUUCAGUCUGGAGUCCUCAGCUCCUUCACAGCUUUCAUUGCUGUAAACAAGGAGCUCAACCAGCCCGUACAGGGGCCUUUGGCUCCCAGAGUGAUUCCAAGGCCAAUGACUUUUUCAUAUUCGCCUACCUUACGUAAAUAUCGCUCUGGUUACAGGCCAUUAUAUAAAAGAAGAAGGGGAAAAUGUUCACUAUCUGAAGAUACUUUGUCAGAAGGUCAUGAUAUGUAUGCUUAUGUAUGUGGUAAAGCCUAUGUAUCGUUGGAUAGUAUGGAAGAUGAAGAAUCUGAAAGCAAGAUGAAUGACUCAGAAUCUCCCACCAAAAAACCCAAGUUGCAAAAUGACCACAAAGUUUUUGGAGAAAAUGCCAUUCUGCACCUGAUUUCCCUCCAAAAGGCAAAUGGCUCCUGGGAGCUGGAUGAGGAACUGACUAAGAUUCUGGGCACUAGUUUGGAAGACAUGAAGGAGGCAAAUCCUGCCAAGGAUCAGGAUCCCUCAGCCUGGGCAACAGUGCUGGCUCUGCUCUGGCUGCAUGCCAAUGGCAAAGACUUGAAGUGUGAAUGGGAACUUCUGGAAAGGAAGGCAGUGGCCUGGCUCCAUGACCAUGCAGACUCCACCAUCCCCAUGCUAGUGCAAGCUGCCAAUAGUUUUCUGAAACUGUCUGUGACUCCUGAUGACCUUGUCUUCUGAGACUGCAACCCAUGAAACAAGAGCAUUGCCUGGUUAUGACUAUGCCCUCCCUGUGUUCUUUGGCUAAGAUAUCAUUCGGUUUUUAUCUUUACCUUUUUCACUCUUCUCAUAACAAUAAAGCCUAUGUGCCCAGGCUUGCUUAUCUAUUGGAGAUCCCAUUGGAUCUGAUAUAUUAUCUCCAUCGUUUCAUCAGUGAGGAAUUAUUAUGGUCUUCCAUCAAGUCAUAUGCAGAAUGACACUUGAAGUUUAACAGAGAACUUACAAUAAAAUAAGUGACAUGAAUUUUGACUAAGUACUGUAAUUUUGAUGCUGUGCCAUGCCUGAUUUAAUAAUCUGCAUUAUUGUUAUCCACUCUCUUUGUUUUACAGGAUCAUCAAAACAAGGUGAUAUGCUUUCUAUUUGAAGCAACAUACAUUUGAAUGAAAACUGAAAGGCAACAUAAUGAUAAAUGCAAGCUCAAAAAAUUAAAGACAAAAUAUAUACAUUGCACUAUUGUAGAAUGCCUAUGGAUAUCUUAAGUAGAUUCUGAUAAUAUUUUUGUUCCAUGUCAAAAAUGAGUACAUGUCAAAAUGACUACAUAUCUUUAUUUCCAUUACCUAAGUAACUUUGUUUAGUAAAUACUAGGAUAUCAAUAUUUCUGCUUACUUAUGAUAUGGUUGCAUGUCCUCAGACUUGGUCUGUGCUAUGAGGUUCCUAACCAGAUUCAAAAGGAGCAUUAGAGCAGAACAGCUAGAAUUAAAAAUGAUUAUGUCCA